UUUUCAUAUUGCAGCAGCCCAUCAGCAAACAUGCCUUUUCCACCUAUUCAGCAGCAGCAGCACCAGCAGCAGCAGCAGCAGGUCCCCGGGGUUCCGACACCUCCUACUGUCGGUGCUACUGCUCCCCGGGAGCUGCCAAAGAAGCCUGCAACCCAGAGGAAGACCGCUGUGCAUGCCCCUCCGGUCCCAGGUUCCCUGGCACACGCAGCUGGAGGUGAAAAGAAGAAACGGCCCUCUGAAAAGCCAGAGAUGCUCCUCUCCAGCUCUUGGCCAUCGGCAACACUGAAGAGACAACUGGCUAGGAGAACCCCAGGCCCGGCAGCCAGCAGGACUCAGCCACAGCCCCCACUGCGCCCCACUCAGCAACCCUUAGCUCCUGCCACUGCGACCACCUCCCCACCAACCCGCCCGCUGCUCCCUGCCACCUGCACCGUGCCUGGGUUGGCCCACUCCUGUGAGAGCCUGGCAGCUGGUGGCUCCUCUGUGCCAGGGCCAGGGGCUGGCACCAGCAGUGGGGAGGAGGAGGCUGUGAGAUUCUCUUUGAGCCUGACCCCUGAGGCAAUUUUGGUGAUCCAGAGGCGCAACCUGGAGAAGCAGUUGCUAGCCCGGCAACGCAGACCUUUCCCUUCGCCAGCUGCAGACACCAAACGCCUCUUAUCUUCUUGCCCCCGGAGCAAAGCUGGAGCCGUGGGUACCACCUCAGGCCAACGUAAGGGCAUUGCCAUUAGCGGCGCCGGUAGCACCCCGGUUGGUGGCUUUGGCAGCACUAGCCGCCGCCCCACACAGUCCCAACCCCAACUUCUUUCUGGUGCCAUGCAACCCCUAUCCACCGCCUCCAGAGGAGGGCACCUGGGGAGUGGAGACUUACGGACCUUGCUGAAGAUCUCUCUCCUGAAUGAGCACCACAAGUAUGAUGAUGUUGAGUACGAGGAGGAGGCUGAGGCAGUGGAUGAGGGCCUGGUGAGGAAGUGUACUGAAUGGUUACGGGGUGUGGAGAAUGCUGCAGCCACCAGAGACAGGGCUGAGAAGUUGGAGACCCUGCCCCACCUGGGCACCCUCUGAGGCACUAGCAGGAGAUAGAUGCUCCACCCUACCCCUACGUCCCUGUUGUUGAAUAAGUGUGGAAUCUGAGGGUUAAAGCCCCCAGGUAUGCCUCACUAGGACUGAAACUUCUCUAGCCCGGUGUUGGUCCUAAUCCUGCGGCCCCAUUACCGGACCUCUUACUAUUCACACACCAUGCACACAUUUCCCCCAGCCCACCGUGGCAGCAGUAGCAAUACUCUGCCCACUUGUUUCUCCAGACAUAGAUUUAUUCCCUUUCCUUCAUCUUUUGAGUAUCUGGUCC